AUCGGUCCGGCACCGGCUUUGACUUCUCAUUUCAGUUCGCGGCUUUCUUAUUUGCGUGAUCCAUAAUAGUAGUUUAACAGACACAGAAGGCAAUCGGUUUGGGUUUCCAGAGAUAAAUAUAGCUUCACCAUCCCGACGUCCAAUCAUGCCCCCCACAACAUUCCCUGUUUCGAAUACCACGAGAGGAAGAGGAGAAAGUAUGGAAUCCACGAAGAAAAGAUAUGGCUAUAUUGGUGCACCGAAGAUUGGAGGCUUUCCUCUAGAUGGUCCGGUGAACGUUCCGGUACCAAGAUUGUCCUCGUUGUCCUCGGAAUAUAGCGGUUUCAGCAACAUAAGCAGUUUUUCAUUAUCUCCGACAUCCACUCGGUCCAGCUUCCCAAGCUUGGUAUCUGAUGAUUAUCCCGUGAGAAAGACGCAAGACUCUCUGUGCGACGAAUUCAGUGCACUUACUUUCACCGCUCGAAUGAGUGCCCCCUCACUGCAGACUCCUAAUCUACGAAAACCAGGCCAACAUGACGCCGCGAGAUCGCAACUUCCAGUUACUACUCGGGAUCAAAUCUCUUCUUCCAGAACAAUUGUUGUCAAUUUGACAUACCCCGACAAUCCGGAUGCUACCAAUCGAGCGCCAAAGAUCAAAAUCAUGGAAGCCAAAUAUCCCUUCCAAAUCUUGUUAGGAAUCUUGGCCCAGUCUCUAUCUGUUUCACCCGAGCUCGUCGAUUUAACGAUCCAGCAAAAUUCACAGAUGAUCAGAUUGUCACCUAUCGCCUCUCCUUAUCAGCUUGGAUAUUCCGGUGAAUUGAUGGUCCAAGUUUGGAUUCGAAAUGCUGCCACCGAAGACCACCCAAGUCUCCCUGGAUUAUCUAAUCAACCGCGUCGGAUUCCUGGCACCAUAUGGAUCCACAGUUUUCCAGCAACAAAA